AUGUCUACCUACAAUGGAGCCUGCCACUGUGGCGCCACCGAAUGGACCGCCUCCCUCGACAAGGACACCUCCAGCCACAUUCUCUGUCACUGCAACACCUGCAAGAUCCUGUCUGGAGGCGCCUACACCCUGAACCAAAUCAUCCCCAAGGACUCACUCAAGAUUACAAAGGGUGGUGAUGCCCUCAAGAACUACACUUACAAGGGUGACUCUGGAAACCCCGUUCACUGCUACUACUGCCCCGAGUGCACCACUCACGUAUACCACCACCAAACCGCCCUCGGCGAUGACAAGAUCAUCCUGCGCACAGGUCUCCUCUCAGAGGGACGCAAGAACUUCGAGCCCGCUGCCGAGAUCUACGGCAAGGACCGUUUCUCCUGGGAGAAGGAGGUUGCCAACACCUUUGAGGUUUUGCCUCCUCAGUAG